AUGCCACAAACCAGUAGUAGUGAAGAUUCAGAACAUCUACAAGACCCAGACUUUCUCAGCAAUUCUGCAUCAAUGUUCAAUCUUCGAGAUGUUCGUGCAUUGAAAGCAAGUUUCUGCUCUACGCAUGCGAACUAUGUUAUUCCUAGGAGAACUGUCAACGUUCCAGAAGAGUACAUUCUCCCGAAUAUCGACCAUGCUUUGCUCGGAAGGGAAGACCUAGAUAUUAACCAAUUGAGUCAAAAUAACCACAUUAAAACAUUCAUCAACAAAUUGCACAAAGUUGUCAAGAACGCGAGACUUGAUAUAGGAACAAGUGAGGCUUUAACUGAUACAUUGGUGGCUCAUUUGAUAUUUCUUAUUGUCGACUUUAAUCAAUGGCCCUUAGAGGUUAAAUUACAUCCAACAUUCAAAUUUUCCGUUGGCCAUGCAGUUUUGUCAGUAAAAGCCAAAUUUGUAAUUGAUUAUAAAAACUAUUCUAUAUUGGUUGUUGAUGUCCAAAAUACACGUCAAGCUACUAUGACUUAUGAUGUGAUUAUAUUUGUAGUUCGUGUAAUUUCCACUUAUGUUACGUUUUAUCGUUCUGUGAUUCAUAAAGGAUAUUGGGAUGAACUUGGUAUAGGUUGCCCACGACAGCAAUCAAUUACAAUCUUUAGAUGGCCAGGGAAUAGUAGUGUUCCAUUUGUUGGUUUUGAUCUUGCAGAACCGCAUGGAAGAAAAAAUGUGUUAGAAGCAUUAUGCAAGAUUCGUCAAUUCAUUUUAGAGUUAUAA